CAGAAUAGCAAGUACACUGUACACCAGCGCAUGCGCCGUUCUCCAAUGGCCGCCUCCUCCACUCUCUUCUCGCUCUCCCUCGCCCUCUUGCUCCACCUCCACGCCGCACCCGCGAGCUCGACGCCCACCGCGCUGCCAGUCGAAGCCAGAGAGGACGCGCCGACGCCGGAGCUGCCGGAGGCAGAGCUAGCGGCCAUCUUUCAGGUGAUGGCGGAUCUUCUCGGCGACCCGACGUGGCCACAGCUCCACCCGCGGCCCUGCACCGAUACGCCGUGGCCGGGUCUACAGUGUGAGCUUGCACCCGACGACGCGCGCGUGCUCCGUGCCACCCGCCUCCACCUGGGCCCCGACGUCGCCACCCCGUCCUGCAGGCCCGGGGCUAGACUCGACCCAGUCUCGCUGCGCGGCCUACCGCAUCUCCGGACGCUCUCUAUCUUCAGCUGCUUCGGCGCCGCCCAAGCCCCCGUCGAGCUGCCGCCCGUGCUAUUCACGUCGUUGUCCUCGCUCGAGCAGAUCGUGGUCAAGUCCAACCCCGGCCUCACCGGCCCCGUACCGGCGACGUUGGGCAGCCUGCGGAGCCUCCGCGUGCUCAGCCUCUCGCAGAACGGCUUCCGCGGCGGGAUCCCCAGGGAGCUCGGCGGCCUCGCCGCGCUGCAGCAGCUCGACCUCAGCUACAACAACAUCACCGGCGAGAUCCCCGAGGAGAUUGGUGCGAUGUCGAGUCUGACGAUCCUUGACCUGAGCUGGAACAGCAUCGGCGGCGGCGUGCCGGCAACGCUGGGCAAGCUCCAGAGGCUGCAGAAGGCGGACCUGAGCUACAACCGCCUCGCCGGCCGCGUGCCGCCGGAGGCGGGGUCGCUGCGGGAGCUGGUGUUCCUGGACCUGAGCCACAACAGCCUCGCGGGCCCGCUGCCGAGCUCGCUGGCCGGCCUGUCCAGGCUGCAGUACCUGCUGCUGCAGGACAACCCCCUCGGCACGGCGGUGCCGGCGGUGGUCGGGUCGCUGCGGCGGCUGCAGGUGCUGGGCCUGUCCGGGUGCAACCUGACGGGGCCCAUCCCGCGCGGCGCGUUCGCGGCGCUGGCCAGCCUCACGGCGCUGUCGCUGGACCGGAACCGGCUGGACGGGCCGAUCCCGGCGAGCCUGGCCGCGCUGCCCCAACUGGGACAGCUCAACCUCAGCCAGAACCGGCUGGCCGGGGAGAUCGCGCUGCCGGGGGAGUUUGUCGCGCGGCUCGGCAGGCGCCUCGACGUCCGGGGCAACGACGAGCUGUGCGUCGGCAGGGGCCUACAGGGUAGCGGCUAUCUGGGAGCGCCCCCGUGCGUGGACAGCCACAACGGCGACGGAUCGCCGGAAAUAUCAGGUGCUGCUGCGGCGGCCGUCGGCCUAUUCGACGGGUCGGCGUGUCAUCUUUUUGUGUCGUGUCUGGCGUUCGUGUUCCAGUUGCGAUGUGACAUGUAACUCCGGUCGCUUUCUCCGCCCGACUGCUGCGACGCGAGUUUUUUCCUGGC